AGUUACCCAUAGCAGAACGUCACGGACGCCACUCCAUUCCUCAACCCCAAUUUCACUUGCGCUCUGGGUUCCGCCCUCCUCCUCUCUGGCAAAAACACUGAAUCAGCAAAUUCUACCACUAUUCUGCUUCAAUUAUCGCUGCGAAAGGGUUGGAGGUUUUAGGGAGAAAUGAAAAGCCGGUCGCAUCGGCUUCCAAUAUCGGAACCCCACCACGACGACUGGGUGGAUGGGUCAUGGACGGUGGACUGCAUUUGCGGUGUGAAUUUUGACGACGGUGAGGAGAUGGUGGACUGCGAUGAGUGCGGGGUUUGGGUGCACACGCGCUGUUCGCGCUAUGUCAAGAGUGAGAAAUCUUUUUCUUGCGAUAAGUGCAAGAGCAAGAACAGUGGGAGUGGCGGUGGUGCUGGUAGCGGCGGCGUGCGGAAUGACAGCGAGGAGACGGAGGUGGCGGAGUUUCUAGUCGAGUUGCCCACCAAGACGUUGAGGAUGGAUAAUCCGAAUCCAGCAAGAAACUCGAUGUCGCGUAGGCCAUUUAGGCUUUGGACUGACAUUCCAAUGGAGGAGAGGGUUCACGUGCAAGGGGUGCCUGGUGGUGAACCUGGGUUGUUUUCGGGAAUGAAAAUGUCUUCGGUGUUUGGUCCUGAGUUAUGGAAAUGUACUGGCUAUGUUCCGAAAAAGCUUAAUUUCAGGUAUACUGAAUUUCCAUGUUUGAGUCAUGGUAAGAUCGAGGAAAAGAAAGAAGAGGAGCUGGAUAAGACAAGUGGUGAAGAUAAUGCACAUCAAGCUGAUAAUAAUGCUGGGGUGUUAUUCUCUUUCACAAAGGAGAAUGAGAAUACCUUGCCUACUCCAAUAGUGGAUUCUCAUGGUGUAAAAAGCCCCGAUGAAGGCGGUGGGUGUCAUGAGGUGGUGUCUUCAAGACAGAAGAAGUUGGAUGGUCAAAAUCUGGAUUUUGGAUGCCCUGAAGAUAGCAUGAAGAAGGAGAGUAUCUCAGUGCCCAUUGUAUUGCACUCUGGAAAGCGCAAGAAAGAGGAACUUAAGGAUCAAAACGUAAAGAAAAAGGGGAGGACUAUCGAGAAAGAGGGAGAUAUCAGAAAGCGGGCUACUCAUUCUUCCAAAGCAGCUUCAGCAUGUGAUGCAAAACACUUGGCAUUUUCUCAAGACAGAGGCUCCAAGGCUGUCAGCGAUGAUACUCGAUGCAGCAAAGAUUUGCUUGGUGAUCAGCUAUCAGACGGUCUUGGUGAGUGUGCUACCAACUUAGCAUCAAAUGAGCAUGGUCUAGAGUCCACCCUCAGAAAUGAUGUUUCAAGUGAUGAAGUAUCAAGGGGAGGGAAUAGAGUAGAUCAAGUACCUGUGGGAUCUGAGAAUUUCUCUAAAACCAAUAAUGGUGUGGAGUCAUUGACACAACUUAAUGGUUCCCGGAGCACUCCUGUAAAAGAAGAGGUUCCUGGAGAUACUGCCAAGGGCUGUGGGGAUGUUGGACGAGUUACUGGAGGAAUUUCACAUGAGGAGCGUGUGGCUGUGGAUGUGGAUAUUGCUGGUACAGAUGCUAACGAAAAUAGAGAUGGCCAAGAUUCAGACAUUGAUGAGGCCUACUCACGCCCUAAUAAGAAAAUAAAAGGUGAACUAGAUGCUGAUGAUCGUGGACGUUGUCAUGUUGAGUAUCCACCUCCGAAUGAUGUGAAGUCAGACUCCAUGAAAGCCAUCACUCAAUAUCCGGAAUCGUCUCUUAAGGUGUUCUCUGAAGAAGGUAAAGUGAUUGAGAAACCAGUCAUAAGUUCAGAAGCUAGUGAACCCAAGAUGCUCCAUGCAAGCAGGAGCCAAACCCUGAGUACUAGAACAGAUAAAUCUGAUGAUUCACUUGAUACUCUCUAUCAAUCCAAGCGAGAACCUACAGGUUCAGAAGGUCCAAUGGCAGCAAGGAAAAGGUCUUUGGGACUUAAACAUAGUUCAGAAGUGGCUGAUGAUUUGCUUAAAUCAAAUGGCACAGCCAGGAGUCAUUCAACAGCUUCUUAUCAGCGCAAAGCAGUGUUUUCUCUGGCAAAAUCUGCUUCAACUUCAGGUGGUAUUUCGUCCAAAUCCUCGGACAAUCGCGUGGCUGCAACUUCCCAAAACCCUUCUAUUCACAAUAGACAGAAGGAAUUGUCUGAAAGCAAUGCAGGAACUUUGAAAGAAAAUGCUUCCGCUGAUACAGUUGAGCAUGAGGAAAAAUGUGGGAGGCCAAAGAAAUUAGUAAAAGAAUCUUCGAAGUCGAACUCUUUGUCAAAAAUAUCAGACCCAACUAAAUUGUCACAAACAUCUGAUUCCAAGAGAUUGCUAUCUGAUUCAAAGGAUUCCAGCAUUCACUCUUCUUCUAAAGCACCAUUAGUGCCGAAUAUGCCAUCUAAUCGUGUUUCUGGUGAGUGUGCCAGUACACUGCAGAUUGAAGGUGCUUUAAAUGUGCAGAACAAAGCUGCAGCUUCAGCUGUACCUGGCAAAAGUGAAAAGGUUUAUCAGUCAGGCAGUCACCCGUCAUCUAGAGGAAAUGUGACUUCAAUGAAUGCUCUAGCAGCCUCGAAUAUUCCUGCAACCUUGAGCGAUGAAGAGCUUGCGUUACUUCUACAUCAAGAACUCAAUAGUUCUCCAAGAGUUCCUAGGGUGCCACGGAUGCGUCAUGCUGGCAGUUUACCUCAGUUAACAUGUCCAAGUGCGACAAGCAUGCUGAUGAAGCGAACAUCCAGUGGAGGAAAAGAUCAUGGCAUGGCUUCUAGAAGGAGGACCAAGGAUUUUUCUGGAGAAGGCUCGCAUGGUUCUCUAGAGGCUGACAAUGAAGCUAAGAAGAUGGAGAGAAAGCCGUCUUCUCCAGAUAACAGGAGGCGAGAUUCUGGUUGCCCCGCAGAUCUGCUUUCCAGAAAGGAAGCAGAUGGUGGUCCAGUUAAAAGUGUGCAGUCCAUGAAGAAAACAAAUGUAAGCGGCUCUUUGUCAUCACCCAGUGAUUCCAAUGGACACAAUUUAUUAUCUAGUCGCUCCUCAUCGAGGAACGCCUCUGAUGAUGAUCCACGGAUGGUUAGCCGUCUAACAAAUCGAACUUUACCUGGUUUGAUUGCUGAGAUUAUGAGUGAAGGGAAACGUAUGACAUAUGAAGAACUCUGUAAUGCAGUUCUACCGCAUUGGCCUAAUCUAAGGAAGCAUAAUGGAGAACGUUAUGCAUAUUCAAGUCACUCCCAGGCUGUACUUGACUGCUUAAGGAAUCGAAGUGAAUGGGCUCGAUUAGUUGAUCGUGGUCCAAAGACGAGUGCGAGCAGAAAGCGACGCAAACUUGAUGCUGAUUCCAUGAGCAUCGAGUCAGAGGAUAAUGAAGAGAACAGAGUGAAAAAUGCGAAGGAUGUUGGGAGUAAGAGUUUUGAGUCACACCAGGAAGACUUCCCAAAAGGUAAGCGGAAAGCCAGAAAGCGCAGGCGACUUGCUUUACAGGGAAGAGGUAUCGUCAGGAGGAGACGUAGGGCUGAUGUUGUUAGCGACGACGAAAGUGAGUCCUUUUCUAAUUCUAGUGAAGACAGUAUGUCCAGUGAAGAAGAAAUACAGGGCGGCGGAACAUCUAUAGUUGGGAGUGAGGCCUCUGCGAGCUCAGAUGAGGUCCGGUAGAUCUUAUCAUAGUAAAAUGCCCUCAUGUAUGGCUGAGCUUCUUGGCUCAACUUAGUCAGCAGCUGCUUGGUCUUAUUUUGGUGUAAGUUCCCAUAGCGUGUAGAAUUGUCUGCUUAAAUACCUCAUACACCUUUCUGUGCUAUCUGCUUUAGUGUUUGAUGAAGUAGAAGGUUCCCGUCGGUGUAAUGCUGUUGUAAAUAUAGGAUGCAUAGUCUGAAUGUGGCCAUGUAAGGUUUCUAUUCGUUAGUCAUUAGUAUAACUAGAGUAGUCUGUAAUUAGAAUCUUCAACCUAGAGUUGUUUGUUCUGCUUGAGUUUUUAGGUUUAGCAAUCUUAUCCUCAACCUGCAUUGCCUUUGUAUGAAACUUCAUUGAAAUAUUAGCAAAUGGGAAGCAGAAAAAUCUAAACGGGAUGCUUUGGUA